AUGUCAACAUCUUUAGACAGAUCACUAGAUGAUAUAAUUUCAUCAUCAAGAAAAACUUUUAAAGGCAAAAGACAAGGUUCUAAAUUUGGUAAUAAAGGGCAUCAACACAAGGUUGGUAAAAAAUUGGUUGGUGGCAACAGAAACAAGAAACAAGCCGUUUCAUUUAACAGACCAACUGCUCCAAAACCUGCUGCUUCACCUGCUUUUGAUUUAACAUAUGCUACUAAAGUCAAUGUAUCUGGUUUACCAAGAGAUUUAAAACAAGACAACAUUAAGGAAUUUUUUCAAUCACAAGUUGGUGGUGUUCAAACCGUUGCAUUAAGUUAUAAUGAAAAAGGUCAAUUCAAAGGUUAUGCAACUGUUAUUUUCAAAUCUAACAAAAAUGCUGCUUUGGCUGUUGAAAAAUAUAAUGGAGCUUCUAUCGAUGGGGGUGCUGCAAAGUUAAGAUUAGAAUUAGUCAUUGAUACUAGCAAAAAACCUUUAGCUGCUAGAAUUGCUGCCAAACCUGUUUUACGUGUUCCACAAGGGAAUAAAGUUGACCACAAAAAGAAAUUGUUGGCUAAAAAAAAUGCCAAAAGACCUGCUAAAAAACCACAACAAAAAAAGAGAACAGUUGAAGAAUUAGAUCAAGAAAUGGCUGAUUAUUUUCAAAAUUGA